AUGUCUCAGUUGCUUUUUAAAGCUCUGAAGUUGUCUGGAGAGUCCCUAUCGCAAUCAGCCAUAAACUCUGCGAAGAAUGCCACAGUCACGAUCGCAGAACUAGAUGGUGGAUUCAUCAUGAUCGACCACUAUGGAGAAAAGGGUGUGCGGAAAACUAUGGAAGAUGAAUGUAUCAUUUGUGAUUCCUUGCGGAAACUAAACCCUCAACUCCCACAGGAAUACGAUUUUGUGGUCUGUGGAUUGUUCGAUGGGCACGGUGGAAAACAGACUGCUGUGUUCGCUAAGCAAAACUUGCUAUCCGAGAUAUGCUCUCAAAUUGUUACCUUGUCAGUUGCAAAGGACGAGAGUGAAGAGUUCUCUCCAGAAAUUAUCUUUAAAAAGGCUGUAAACGCUGCUUGUCGCCGUUUGGACACUCGUAUCGCUAACGAAAUCACUGGUUGCAGUGAUGGAUCUACCGCAUUGUUGCUUUUCUUCGGGAAAAAAACUGUAUAUAUAGUAAAUUUGGGUGAUUCUGCAGCAUAUCUUUGCAGAAAAUUAGAGAGUGUUAUACACUCCAUACCACUGAAUGAUAUACACAAACCGUGGUCACAACGUGAAAAGGGACGCAUAUUGCACUAUGGAGGUACUAUAGAAGGUGGAAGAGUAAAUGGUGUUCUGGAGAUUACACGAUCCUUUGGUGAUUUACAGUUAAAAAAAUAUGGUGUAUUGUGUGUUGGAACUUUUAGGAAGGUAGAUUUAGAUUUUAAUAAAGACGAAUUCAUCAUGCUUGGUUGCGAUGGAUUUUGGGGCGUAUUUGAUGCCAACGACGCAUGUAGAAAAACUCUUGAUUUCAUUAACAAGGAAGAAUCAAGAGCGUCAACUGAUCCAGAUGCUCCAGUUCCGAGUAUUAAACGAGUAUGUAAAGAACUUGUAGAUCUUACGCUAAAUGUAAAACGAUCGCAAGAUAAUGUUAGCGUACUAAUAAUAAGACUCAAAGCUAAGUAA